AUGUACCACGCUAAUAGGCUCCCGAGUGAGGGGAGAAGAUCAGAUCCGGAGUCGGUAGCUUCCCGAUGGGUGAUUUUUUCUCUCUUGACCUCGCCAAAUUGCGCAUUGCGGCUACACAUUGAGGAAGGAGAGCCCUCGACCCGCGCACCACGUUUCCACAGGACUCUCAAGCACCCCAACUUCCCAGGGACGAGAUCGAAGGAAAAGGGCGGUUCCAUCCUGGUGGCCUUGCCGGCGCAUUUCGGACGAGAUCGGGAGCCUCGUCCCGAUAAGUUGACGACAACCAAAGCCUGCAAGAACCGCAGGGUUCUGAGCGCUUCUUGUCUGUCAGUUCGCUCUGUGUAUAGUAUUGGCGAGCCUCGGGGGUAG